AUGGGGCUCGUAUCGAAGAUUUCGAACAUUAUAAGCGCUAAAACACCAAACUUUCACGGAACCUACGCCGUGUUUCACAUUUUCAUGGUGAUUUGUGGUUUGGAAUUUUUCGACGACGACUUCAUGGUUGGAGUAUUCAACUCGGUUCGCUUUCUGGGACCACUUGGAAGUAUUCUCGUUGCUAUUUGGACGUGCGAAAUUCAUAUGCGACGCUAUAUAGAUGACGUAGAUUCAACCAUUCUAAGCUUAUCAGCACUAAUCUCUGCAGGUGAAAUACUGCUCAAGAUUAUGGGAAUGGCUUUGAAGCGCAAAAAAGGUGCUCAACUCAUUGCUAAGGCUUUAAACGAUAGGAGUUAUGAUGAUGGACCAAUGGAGAGAGCCUCUUUCCUAAAAUAUCAUACCAUGUGCAGGAAAUUACUCUGCGUCACUAUCUUUUCGUAUCUCUUCACGGCAUUAAUGAUAGUGUCUUAUCCUGCCAUUGCCGGAAAAUUGGAUGAGUACAUGCUGCCUGUUGGUUAUUCCAUCCCGUAUAUCAGUCAUAAACAACAACCUUGGUAUACGAUAAACUAUUCCAUAAUCAUUUUUCAUGCUGCGUACCUUGCCUUGGCGUUCAUAGGCCUUGAUGGUCCCUUCUAUAUUUAUCUGUGCUAUUCUACGUGCAAACUUGAAAUUAUUAAAAACUACGUUGAUCAAAUUGGUGAACCUAACAACAUAGAAGACCAACGGAAAUUGAUUCAGAAAAUUGUAGGCAUUCACGCUGAUGUACUGACAUAUCUUAAAGAAUGUUCCGACUUCUAUCAUGACAUAUAUUUAGCUCAAGUAUUCUGCUCAAUCGCACACAUUUGUCUAUCACUUUUUCAUAUACAAUUGAAAUUCAAAAACAGCUCUUAUGGCAUGCUGGCAACAAACGUGGUCAAAAUGUGGAUUUUCUGUUACUGUGGAGAGCUCGUAGUUACCAAGUCAGACGAGGUUUCGAAAGCGAUGUACGACAAUCGCUGGUAUACGCUUUGGCACAAGCAAGACCUUAAAGCUAUUCAGUUUAUGCUGGCGAACGCCCAAACAACUGUCGGUUUUUCCAUUGGAGGAUUUGGAAUAUUAUCGUACGCUACAUUCACUGUGAUCAUGAAAACUGCAUACAGCUGCAAUGCAUUUCUGCAUAAUAUGAUGAAAUGA